CCACCACCAACUUGCUACGGCCUCAAGCCCAUCGCAAUGUCGACCGACUCAUCUCACCCAGCCUUGUGCUCGCGGCUUCAAGAUCGAGCAGCCCUUUCAAAGACAGCAGCCAAAACCCCUACUGGGAAGUUAUAUCAGUAUCAGCCACUUCCCAGCUAUGAUUUCAUUCGGAUCCUGGAGUUGUUACCAGACGAAACCACUGAGGAUGGUGGAGGUGGCGUACGUUGUCGAUUGCACACCGAACGAUUUGCCGAUGCCGAGGACAAAUACGCUGCCAUUUCGUACGUUUGGGGGGACCCGAACGACAGAGUGCCAAUCAUCUGUGAUGGUCGGAUUAUCGAGGUCACGGUUAACCUCGCGGAUGCUCUGAGCCAUAUUCGAGACUGGACAGAGUCCAGAUUCGUGUGGGCUGAUGCUGUCUGCAUUAAUCAAGAGGACGAUACCGAGAAAGGACAUCAGGUGAAGAGGAUGGGGAAGGUAUAUGAGAAUGCUGAAGAGGUCCUGGUGUGGCUGGGGAGUGAUAGCGAGGGGAUUGCUGAAGAUUGCUUCAAUCUCAUUCGAGAAACCAAUGAGUACCUUGAUCAUCAGCUUGAGAUCUAUGGAGGCGUCUUGCACAUACCGGCAAUCACCAAAGCAUCUCCGAUAUCUUUUGAAAAGUCGCGGUGGAACAAAGUCCGUGCACUGGUCGAGAUGCCAUGGUUCAAAAGACUCUGGGUUAUCCAAGAAGCUGCGCUUGCGAAGCAAUGUACGCUGCUUUGGGGCAAUAACCAACUUAGUAUAGCAGAAGUGUGUGAGCUAUCUGACUUCGUCGAUUACCGAUUAGAUUUAAGAAACCUAGUUGGGGAAAUCGGCACAGGACAAGUCGGUGAUAAUUUUUCUACGCAAUGCACCUACCAAUCCGCGAAAAGCUGGAUGCGAACUAAACCACUUAUAAAAGCAAGACAUGGAAGCUCUAACGACAUGUUAUUCCUGGGCGUAUUGGACUCAGGAAGAAGAAUGAAAUCGACUUUCGAGGUUGAUCGAGUGUUUGCAUUUUUAGGGAAUCCUCUGGCAAGGAAAUAUGGAGAAGAUGAAUUAGUGGUUGAGCCAGACUACAGCAAAUCUAUUCAGGAGGUCUACUUUGAGAUGGCGUGCUCAUUGUUGGCCCAUCCAAGAGAAGCUCCUUACCUUCUGUCGUUUGUCGAUCAUCACAACAACGAGAGCGUUGAAGGCACGACUCUUGGGAGAGAUGAUGCCUUUCCUUCUUGGGUGCCACGCUGGGAUAAAGAUUGGCGGCAAUACUCAAUAAGCCUUACUCACUUCUGGUAUCGGGCAGGAGGACUGGAAAGAAAUUUUAACGCGGCUGUUCAAACCGACAAGUCUUUGCUGCUCCCUGCAAUCAUCUUCGAUCACUUGGCCUGGACUUCCAAUACACUCGACGAGGAUAACCUAUCACUCAACCCUGAUAUAUGGGAUGAAGACACAAGGGCUGCCGACAAGCCCUUCAUAGAUUUACUCUUCACUCGGGUUCGAAAAGCUUUCAACAAGCAUUGCCAUGAUCGAUAUUCUAAGGUUGUAUCGACCAGCACGAAAUCCAUUGAGGAUGCCUUCAGCCUGACUCUGACGCGACAAUAUCCCGCAGACGAUGAAUUUAAUCUUGUAGAACACCAGCGAGAUUUCAAAGCAUAUCUCCAGGCUGCACGACAACUUGUGGAUAAACACUCUACCUCUACGAGGAAGAGAAUGCGUGGCACGGUCCGCAAGUGGCUAGCUUCUUUGCGGAGCGGAAGCAGCUCUGUAUUUAGAUAUGAUAGGGCACUAGAUUACGCACACAACCGCCGCUUCGCAAUCACAGAAUCCGGUCGAUUUGGGCUCGUUGACAGGCUUGCUGAGCUCAACGACGUGUGCUGCAUAUGCCCAGGGAUGCAGGUGCCACUCAUCCUGCGGCCCAGAGAAGACGGCAGAUACGGCCUGGUCGGAGACAGCUAUAUUCACGGGGUGAUGGCUGGGGAGGUCAUGGAGCAGUUGGAGAAAGGGGAGGUGAAGCUAGAGAAUAUUGUUCUAGUUUGAGGCAGAUGGUCUCGGAGAUGAGAAGAACGAUUUAGGAGGUAGGCACUUUGAGCGUAUCAGGGGGAUCCAGUUUGAGGGCAGUGUUGUAGCGGUACUUGCUCUACCAGUCCAGGGGAUUUGCACUGGCAUAUCAUAUAUCUCCCUGUUUCCAUAUUUCAACUCUUCAAGUAACUGAGAUCAAUCUACCACUGUGCCCUCCUUUCAAAAUGGAGCUCCUUUUUCCAUAUCAA